AUGUGCCCCCAGCCUUCCGCUGGGUCCAUCCACCAGAGGAAGGGGACCCUCCCUUCCCCACCCGUCAGGGAAAUCAAGCGUGGAGCCCAGGUGCUGGCGCGGUUGGUGGAGGACGAAGAGGAGCUGGUCGAGUUUUUCGGUCAAUUGUGGGUUAUCGAUUCCCCACCUCCACGUUCUAGGGUUCCAUUAGCUUCCGACGUCGCCGCCACUCUUAACCCCGGGAACCUCUUCUGGAUCCGGAAGGAGUUGGUCCGCUCAAAGAAGAUCUCACCGGUGGAUUGCUUUCCUGUUCGGAGAUCAGAUCGAUUUGAUGGUCCGCUGAGGGCGGGCGCUGGGUUUGGCAACUGGAGCCGCGUCGACCAGUUCAGCAACGCCCUCCCCAACCACCGCAGGGCUGGGUGGAUCAAGGGCGGAGGAACCAACCGUAUAAUCCCAAUCCCAUUCCACCUCCCCAUCCUCAACCUCAGUAUCAACAGCGGCAGCAACCACAGCCCCAGCCUCAGCAGCGGUAGCAACCACCUCCCCAACAACCAUGAUAACAAGCUAAGCGGGGUGCUACUCAAGGCAGAGGACAGGGCAAUCAGGAGUCUGAACUCCCUCCUUUCAGCAUUGAUCCAAGCCUAUGUUGGAAGUGCUAGUCUAGGUUUGGGAUUUUAUCACCUUGAGGUGCCAUCUGUUGAGUCAACUCAGUGGCUAAAUCUAACCAAUUGUGGUGUGGUGAAAGUCAAGACUGGCCAGAUUUCCCUAGCAGAGUUGGAGCAGGAAUUAUCUGAGAUAUAUUGCAAGGAAUGGCCUUGGCAGAUUAGGGAAUUGGAAGAGGGAAUGUUUCUGGUGAGGUUUCCUCACAAAAAGGUCUCUAACAUCAAGAAUUACCCCUCCUUCAAUCUUAGAAAAGAUGGGGUGCAAGUUGAGGUGCUUGAAUGGAUUGGUGAUUUGAAACCGUAUGGGGAGUUGCAAGAGGUCUUUGCCCAAGUUGCUUCGGGAUUUGGUUUAUUGGUUGAUGUGGAUUGGGCAACUGUGUUUAAAACAUUCUAUGAGACUGUAAGGAUCAAGGUGGCUUGUAGAGAGGCUUCUAAGAUCCCUCGUGGGAGAUUAUAUGAGAUGAACAAGAAGCUGCAUUUAGUGGACUUUGAGGUUGAGACUGAUGAUAACAAGGGGAAAGGAAUUGCUACUGACAAUGGAGAUGAUGGGGGUAAUGAUGGGCACAAUAGGGAUGAUGAGGCUGAUGAUUUGAGUGACACUGAGAAGGAUAAGCAGCCAACCUUGGGAGACAGUAGUAGCUUUAAGACUCCAGCCCCAAGCACUAAGCCGAGCCACACUUCUGGUUACAAGAUAUAUAAUGUUGGGAUAGAGAUUCUGGAUGUUAUGCAACAGGACAAAAUGCUGGUGCAGCAUAUGAGUCCUUUGAGGGGAUCUGACUGUCAUAUUGUGGCGAACAAAGCUCUGCAUGAUAUGCUGGAUGAAUCUAAAAAAUCUAAGUGGGAAGAGUUUAGGAAGUUGGCUAAGGCUGGAAGUGAUACUGCUGAAUGUUCUUUUCUGUCGAAACAAAUGGAACUGGAGGACUCUGAAGCAGAAGAGGAAGUCUGUGAGGAAACUGAGUUAAUGUCUCUGGAUACGGAUAUCACUUCCCAGAAAGUAGUCAGCUUGGAUAAGGAGACUGAACUGGUACAAGAUAAGGGAAACAUGAAGAAGAGGAAGAAGCAGUGGGGGCCAACACAAAGGGUAGAUAGACCCAGAAGAUUUGCUGAGGAUGGGAAGACUGUCUUACAAAGGGCUAAGGAGUUGAAAGAGCAGAAAAAUUUAUGUAAAGGAGAAAAUAAUGAGGCACUUAACCGUGUUAUUGAUUGCAUUAGAGAUAAGGAAAUAGCUUGUAGAGCUAAUUUUGAGGAUAGGAAUCCGAAGCAGUUUCGAAAAGUAGUGAAUUUUCUCCUCUUAUUAAAGGAGAAGGGGAUGCUAACUGUUCUUGGGUAG